AUGUUUCAAGACCCUGGCUUUUUUGUUAAUUUGACACAGGUGAAUGGUGUCCAUCCAGAAUGCAGAUUUCAGCUGGAGAUUCACAAGGAGGAAACAAGGUGCAUGGAACUUCUGAAGAAUGCAAAGCCAGUGGACUACAAAGGAUGUGUUGGAGUUUGGGAUAACAUCACCUGUUGGCGUCCUGCGAAGAUUGGAGAGACUGUCACUGUCCCUUGCCCAAAAGUAUUUAGCCUUUUUUCUGGCAAACCAGGAAAUAUUAGCAAAAAUUGUACAAGUAAUGGAUGGUCAGAUAUUUUUCCUGACAUCUUAAGUACUUGUGGAUAUAAUGACUAUGAAGAUGAUUAUAAGGUCAACUUCUAUGUAAGAGUGAAGGCAAUCUAUACCCUUGGACACAGCGUAUCUCUGAUUGCUCUUACAACAGGAAGUAUAAUUCUUUGCCUUUUCAGAAAACUCCAUUGCACUCGGAACUACAUCCAUCUGAACCUGUUCCUCUCUUUCAUUCUGAGAGCAAUCUCUGUUUUAGUCAAGGAUGAUAUUCUCUAUUCCAGCUCCAACACAGCUCACUGUCCAGAGGAUCAAACCUCAUGGGUGGGCUGCAAGGCUAUUUUGGUGUUUUUUCAAUAUGGUGUUAUGGCAAACUUUUACUGGCUCUUAGUUGAAGGACUUUACCUCCACAUCCUCCUUGUGCUGAUAUUCUCCCCCAACAGACAUUUCACAAUCUACCUGCUGAUUGGAUGGGGAAUUCCUACCAUAUUCAUUAUUACAUGGACAGUGACACGGAUCAUUUUAGAGGACACUGGUUGCUGGGAUACAAAUGAGCAUGGUGGUCCCUGGUGGGUUAUACGAAUACCAAUUUUAAUUUCUAUUAUAGUGAAUUUUAUACUUUUCAUUAGUAUUAUAAGAAUCUUACUGCAGAAGUUAAGAUCUCCAGAUGUUGGAGGAAAUGACCAGUCACAGUACAAGAGACUUGCAAAAUCCACGUUGUUGCUUAUUCCGUUGUUUGGAGUUCACUACACAGUGUUCGCUCUGUUUCCUGACCGCAGUUCCAAUUAUUAUAAAAUAAUCUUUGAGUUGUGUUUGGGAUCUUUUCAGGGGUUGAUUGUUGCAGUCCUGUAUUGUUUUUUGAACAGUGAAGUGCAAGGGGAGCUGAAAAGAAAGUGGCGGAGUUUGUGCUGGAAGCAGACAGCAGGCAGAGAUUACAGGCUCCACAGCUCCUCGAUUUCUCGGAAUGGAUCAGAAAGUGUUUCUCAGCUCCACCGGAAUUCAAGGGCUCACUCAUUUAUGCAGACAGAGACCACCAUGAUAUAAAUAAGCUAGGUCCCCCAAAACAUGAGACACUGUGGGAUAUACCAUUCAUUAUGCAGCUUGAUGUGAUACUUCAGAAAAUGUAGAGUUUAGUGCUUUGUUUUUCAACAUGUUGGUAUGUGGGAAAUUGGUUUGUGCAGCCAACCAGUUAAUAACAGAGACACCUGCCUCAUGGAUGCUUUCUGGGUUUUUUUGAAUGGUAUUCGUAUUAAUUCUGAUGUUCUCUUGCUGUUUACUAGCUGUAACUGUUCAAAAACUCAUUUGCUAUAAUGGUCCCUUUACCCUUCAACAUGCCUGCAAGAAAGAUGUAUGGUAUCCUGUUCAGUGCAGACUACUUUGGUACAUGCUGCAAAGGUUAAGAUGGGAAGCAAGAAAAUUUCUUACACUUUACUUAUACUUAAGGAAACAUUUAUUUCCUUAAGGAGUAGGAAAUUCUUUCCCAGUUAUGGAAAACAGAAUAAAAAUAAAGAAAUGUAAGACUGUAAUUAACCACACUAGGUGUUUAGUGUGCCAAUGCAGGAAAUAAUGAACAUCAUUUAUACAGAUGCAAAAAGG